AUGGAUCCAGCUUCCCCGGUUUAUUAUUAUUUUAUAAUUAUUUUUAGACUCUUCAGAAUGCUAACAAUUUUCCCAAUUCAGCUACUUUUGUCUGUUCCAAGUCCAAUUCCUGACCCUCUAAUUACUAUAACCAAUUACAAACCUUCUCCUAACAAAUGCUCCUGUAAAACCACCUGUUCCUGUCCUCAUUCCACUCCUUCAAAGGCCAUUUCAACCCGGAAUUCUCCUAAAUCCUUGAAUUGUUCUUUAAAUCACCAUGACUUUUCUACCAACUCAUCUCCAACAAUCAAUUAUCAAUCUAAUCCUAAACCUAAAAUUGACAAGAAUGUCAAGAAUUCUGAGAAAAAUGUAACUAAGACGUUAAAAAAUGUUACGAAAACUGACAAAUAUGUGCACAAAAACAUCGAAAAUCCAGAUAAACAUUCUGCAAAUAGCUCUAGGAAUUCUCUGACGUCAUGUAAAACUAAUCCUACAAAGCCAAAUUAUAAGUCCAAAAACCCUAUUGGAAAGGGUAGAAAAUGCUCAAGAAAGCUUAAAAGACUAAAAAAACUAAAUAAUAGCAGCAAUAAUACUCUCAACAGUACCAAUUCAACACAAUCCAACUCUCUAAUAAACACCAACACUAUAAACACCAAUAAUGUAAAUUUAAAUAAUGUAAAUUUAAAUAAGAGUAUUAAAGUGAAAAGUGAUAAAUGUGUUGAGAGGCUGAACAUUUUGGAACAUUUGGGCGAGGCUGAAAGUCUUUUAAAAUUUGAACGCGAACUUCGUUUCAGUCAAAUCAGGUCAGACUAUAGUCUCGUCAGGGACCGUAUUGAAGAGAAGUUCCACUUGGUGGUCAUGUGUUGUCGUAAACGUCAGGUUGAGUUGAACAGCAAAUACAUCGAGGUAAUCAGUACACUAAUUUUAAACUUGUCAAGUUGUAUUUUAUUCUAA